UUGAUUGUCAGAAGUGCACUUCUCCAAUAACCAUCGAGUAACGGCAUCCCUGAGGACUCAGAUAUGAAGUUGUUGGUAUUGGCGGCGUUCAUCGCCGUCGUCUCCUCCGGGAGACUGAGCGAACAGCGACUGGACUCCCUAAGUCAAUGGCCAUGGCAAGUCGGCAGACAGUACCGCUAUGAUGUGAACACCCACGCUCUGGCACGUCUGCAGGAAGGCGCCAGCUCUGGCAACGCCUUCAGGGCUCAAUUCAUCGUCCGCGUCAAGUCCCCAGGUGUCCUACAGGUCAAGCUGGAAAACCCUCAGCAAUCUCACUUCCACCAGCAGUUGCCGAACAACAUGGCCCUGCCCUCAGACCUUCAGUAUGAAGCCGUACAGAAUCUGGACAGGCCAUGUUGUUCGGCAACUGCUGGUGGAAGUGAGAUUGCUGAGGGUUUUCCAGCUUGACCUGUAGGACACCGGGACUUGACGCGGACGAUGAAUUGAGCCCUGAAGGCGUUGCCAGAGCUGGCGCCUUACUCCAACCAUGUGCACAACCAUCACGACAGCUACGACAGCGAACGCCAGCAAGGACUGUUCAAGAAGAUGGAGGCUGAUGUGACCGGCGACUGUGAAACUCUUUACUCAGUUUCUCCAGUAGCUGCUGACUGGAGACGUGAGCUGCCUCAGUUUGCUUCAGAAGAAGACCCCAUGCUGAUUACCAAGAGCAAGAACUAUGGCCACUGCCACCACCGUGUUGCUUAUCAUUUCGGAGUACCCGAAGGUGCUGAAUGGACGGGUACCGCUCACAGCAAACGCGAAAAGCAGUUGAUUUCACACAAUGCCGUAACACGUAUUCUUGCCGGCAAACAAGGUCCUAUCUACAAAUCGGAGAUCACAAGCACGGUUCACGCACACGCUCACUUAUAUGGCCAGCAGAAAGCAGAAGUACACAGCUUUGUAUCGUUUACCCUGGUCGCCGUUGAGCAGGGCAGUGGUGUUGAAAUGCAAAUGACUGAGAACAACCGCCAAAUCAGGACUCUUUUGUACGCAUUGAGCACAAGGCAAAUGGCUAUUCACGACAAGACAUCAGCGUCCUUUGAAUCAUCUGAAUCGCAUGAACAUGUCCAUGUAGAGUUAAAUCAGCAGAAGAACAGAGUGCGUCGUUCAGACAACUUGCACCAGUCAGAAUUCAACCAGGAUUGGAAGACAUCCAGCUCUAGCUCCAGCGACUCAUCUUCAGCUUACAUCAAUGAUGAGUUACCAAAAAUGAACGAACCUGCUUACGCUGCUUUGUACAUGAGCGUCCAGUCACGUGGUGACAGAAAACAAAACAUGAUGAAUGCCCAGAAACUUCUCCAGGACCUCGCUCAACAAUUGCAAAAUCCCAACAACAUGCCCAAAGCUGACUUCCUUACCAAAUUUAACAUUCUGGUCCGUGUAAUUGCUUCCAUGAGCAUUGAUCAACUGGCCCAAACUAGUCGCGGAAUCGAAGUCGGUAGGACAUCGAACAACAACGUUAAGUUGGACAUGUGGAUGAUAUUCCGCGAUGCUGUCACCCAAGCCGGUACGCCUCCAUCUUUCUUGCAGAUUCGUAACUGGAUAAAGAGCAAGAAAAUCCAGGGUGAGGAAGCUGCUCAGGUACUCUCUACUUUAGCCAGGACUCUUCGCUACCCCACCAAGGAAAUCAUGAUCCAAUUCUUCGAACUUGCCAUGAAUCAUGAAGUCCAACAACAGGAGCGUCUGAACACUACUGCUUUGCUCGCUGCCACUCAAUUCAUUCGUAUGGGUCAAGUGAACAAUGAGACCGCCCAUUCUUAUUACCCGUCUCAUAUGUACGGUCGUAUGGCUCGCAAGUACGACCGGUUUGUAGUAGAGGAGAUCCUAUCACGGCUUUCUCAGCUGUUGAAACAAGCUAUCGAGAACAACGAAAGGAGCAAAGCGCAGGUGUACGUAAAAGCCAUUGGCAACUUGGGUCACCGUGACAUCUUAUACGUAUUCGCACCUUACUUGGAGGGUCGUAUUCAAGUGUCUACGUACCUUAGAGUUCAAAUGAUUGUUCAGCUCAAAUAUCUGACCAUGCAGCAGGACAAAUAUGCUCGUGCUGUGCUGUACAGCAUCUUAAGAAAUACUGCUGAGCCUUACGAAGUACGAGUAGCUGCUAUCCUUAACAUAUUCAUGGCUCACCCCACCGCUGAAAUGAUGCAAGUUAUGGCACAGAUGACCAACGACGACCCCAGCAUCCAAGUACGUGCUGCCCUGAAAAACGGCAUCGAAACUGCUGCGAACUUAAAGGACCCUCGUUUCUGGCACUUAGCCAGGACUGCGCAAGCUGUCAGGAAUGUGGUUACCAACGAGUACCUCGGUAUGCGCUACUCCAACCUCUACUUUGACGACGGUUACAUCAAUGAUGAUGAACAGGAAUACUUCCGUAAAGCAUCAUACAUCGGAGGUGACAGCCACGCCAUCCCCAAGUACCAGAGCUACUAUUGGAGAAACAAAAUCGGUGGAAUGGCUCUAGAAAACUUGAUCAGCACUUCGUUCUCCAACACCCAGGACAUAAUCGACUACAUCAGACAAAUGAUGUGGGAGCCGCAGAAGUCCAACGCCAACCACAAAUACUCAGCCAACAAGAUUUCAGAAAUGUUGAGCUUGAAACGUGAAUCACAAACCCCUCUGGAAGGUGCUUUCUUUUACUCCAUCUCUAACCAAGAGAGAUUCUUCAGUUUUGACGAAAACGAUCUUACAAUGCUCGCACAAAACAUCAUGGAUUACCUCAAAGAGUUAGAAAAGGGCGUCGAGAAGCAUUACACCAAGGUCUUCAACACCAACCAGGUGUCUAUUAUGUUCCCGAUUGCUAACGGUAUGCCGUUCAUCUACAAAUACAAGGAGCCCGUUGUUAUUCACGUUCAGGGCAAGGCUAAAGGUAAAAUCGAUCGUGAUGCUCAAAGCAAUGAAUUCUCAGUUCUCUUGAACAAGGAACUGCAAUUCACCGUCGCUGGAAACAUUGACGGAAGCGUAGGGUUCAUUGACACACUGAACGACCAGCUCGCCAGUGUUGGUAUUGUGAGGAAAAUGCAAGUGAACGUUCCCGUCAAAAUGAACGUCCAGAUGGAAUCUGGAGUGUCCAAAUUGAGGGUUGAACCUCUUCGCCCUGAACAAGACACACUCAUUGUUCACUACAGUAUCUGGCCCUACAGUGCCAACCAAAAGAAGGACUCUUUAGUGCCCAGCUCGCAGGACAAGUCAACCAAAGUUGUAGAACGCUCCAGAAAGGUAGUGUCCACUGAUGUUAAGUUUGGUCAACAGACAGGAACUAUUUUCCAACUUCAAGGAUACUCCUACUCCUCGGACUUCAGGAACACUGGAAACAUGAUGCAGAUUCUGUACAACAUGGACAACCUCUUAGCUCCCAAGGACAUUGCUACAACCCACUACAACUUACGUUACCUCGGAAAAUCGUCACAAAACAAGGCUCUCACUUUAACCGCUGUUUACGAUCAAUUCUAUAACCAGAAACAGAACGGUCAGCUGGGACAGGCUGUUAACAUGAACGACGUGACCCCCAACAGUGGAGUUCGUAGGGAACAGAUGGUUAAACAAGUGUCAUCAGGCAUCAUCAACGCUCAAGCCCGUGUAGUAGACGUCAGCGCAACAUUCGAGGGAUCCCAAAAACAGGAGUACGUCUUAACUGCUGCUAUUGCCACUAGCCCUGUAGAUGCUAAGAUUCAAGGCGCCUUAUUUGUGGCUAGAAACUCAGCCAAGCAAGGUAACGAACAGAUCAACACUGUUUUCAAGGUGAACAGGCCCGAAAUAUCGUCAAUGAACUUCCUGGAACUCUUGAAGAAAGACAUUAGAAUGACCUACGAAGUAGACGUUAAGUUUGGUCAAAACGGCAACAUCCACAUUCAAGGAAACACUGAACGUACCAAGUGGUUCACUGAACAACUUCAGAACCUCCCUCUGGCUAAGCUGGCCCAGCAAGAAAUCGUUAAUGGCAACCUUUACCAAUACGCUUCAUACGAAAUGCUAAUGAGGGCUAGUGCACCCAACAGCUUUAAGUCUUCAGUGACUUACAGGAACCUAAACCCUGCCUUGAUAAACACGACUUACCAAGUGUACCAGAUCCUGAAGCAAUUAAACUUGAACACUGAAGUCAACCCGAUGAAGAGAUUGGGUGAGGGUAAACUGCAAAUAGAAAUGGAAACGUCCUACAUUGACAACAUCCUACGGUUUGAGAUGACGUCGCCAUAUGAACUUGUUCGUAUGAACAACAUCCCCAUCCCUUCGUUCACACCUUACCUGGUGUCUACUUACUGGCCGUUUAGCUGGAACCAGCGCAUCAUGAACUACAUGACCAACUACCAAUACCAGCCUUUCUGCGCUAUUGACGGCAACCGAGUAAGGACUUUCAGUAACCGUACAUACGAUUACCAAGUUUCACCGGCCUGGCAUGUCGUGAUGCAGGAGGAAUCCAACUACAACCGUGGAAAAUGGGACGAGCUGGUCAUCCUUGCAAGGAGACCCACCCAAGAGCAACAACAGAUCUACAUUUCAUACAUAACCGAAACCGGCAAGAACCUUGAAAUUGAAAUCCAGCCCUCAGCGUCCACCUACAAAGUUCAAGUUAACAGCAACAGCAAAAAAAUCUCUGAAGGCGAACUAACCAUGUACUGGGAUGAAGUUGCCGAAGCUCCUCUCCUGCAAUACUUCACUUACCUCGACGGUGUACUGAUGUUCAACAUCCGCAACGGCCGUCUCUUUGCCAUGUUCGAUGGCCAGCGCCUGGUUCUCACCACCCAAGACUACCGUACAUCCACCCGUGGUAUCUGUGGUAUCAACAGCGGUGAACCACGUGAAGACUACCAGACUCCUCUUGGUUUGGUUGACCUUCCUCAGCAUUACGGAGCUUCUUAUGCUCUUGAUGUCGAGAUCGACCCUCGAACUCAAGAACUGAAGAAGGAAGCCCAACAGAAGGCCUACCAGUCUACUCCCAAAUAUACCGCGAUUCUGCGCUCAGACCAGGAAUGGAUGAAAGCCGUACAAUUGACAGACCAGGAAUGGGGUUCCCAAAAUGUCUACAGAACCAGAAGCUACCUGAAGCAGGUAGGCCAAUGCCAGGUACAACAGCAGGUGCAGUACCAUGAGAACCAUGGUGAGAUCUGCAUAACCACGACGCCUUUACCGUCCUGCCAAUCUCACUGCCACGGCGAGGGCUACAAAGUCCAAGCCGCGCAGGUAAUCUGCAGGCCUAAGUCAGACGAGCAGUUCAUGACCUUCAGAAACCAGAUCCGAAUGGGCCAGAACCCUCAGGUGUCUGGAGUACCUCAAGUUGAACAGUUCAGGGUACCAGUAUCGUGCAGAGCGUAAAACAAUAUACUUCAUUGUUUCAAACAUGUACGACUGUACAUAACUUAAUGAUUCUCAGCGUGAAUAAGGACUUCGAUAUAAUUAUAUAAAUAUUAUAUGUAUUAUUAUAUAUUUAUUAUUAUUGAAUGUG